AUGGGUAGUUGCAGCUCUAAACCCUCGACAGGAUCCAAAUUUUCCGGUCAUUAUGAUAUCGAUAUUCCGGUUAAAGAUAAUAAUGAGAAAGAGGUAGAAGAAACAACGACGACGACGACGUCUAAGAAGACCACAAAGGACGAAAUUGAGGUAGGGAAGAAGUCUCCAUUUUUUCCGUUUUACAGUCCGAGUCCCGCUCACAAUUGGUUCUCGAAAAAAUCAUCUCCGGCGAAAUCUCCGGCGCCUAAUGCGAGUUCUAAUUCUACUCCGAGGAGAUUCUUCCGGCGACCGUUUCCUCCCCCGUCUCCGGCGAAACACAUUAAGUCGGUGUUGGCGAGACGGCAUGGCUCGGUGAAGCCGAACGAGGCGGCGAUACCGGAGGGAAAUGAAUCGGAAGGGGUUUCGGGAUUAGAUAAAAGCUUUGGGUUUUCGAAGCAUUUUGGGAGCAAAUACGAACUUGGUGAAGAAGUCGGAAGAGGGCAUUUUGGAUACACUUGUAAAGCUAAGUUCAAGAAAGGAGAACUUAAGGGUCAGGAAGUUGCAGUCAAAGUUAUCCCGAAGUCAAAGAUGACAACAGCCAUAGCCAUUGAAGAUGUGAGAAGAGAGGUAAAGAUAUUGCGAGCUUUAACAGGACAUAACAACUUAGUGCAGUUUUACGAUGCAUAUGAAGAUCAUGAAAAAGUCUAUGUUGUGAUGGAGUUAUGUGAAGGAGGGGAACUCUUGGAUAGAAUACUUUCAAGAGGUGGGAAAUACACAGAAGAUGAUGCGAAAUCAGUAUUGAUACAAAUAUUAAAUGUUGUUGCGUUUUGUCAUCUUCAAGGUGUUGUACACCGAGACUUAAAACCAGAGAAUUUCUUGUUUACAUCAAAGGAUGAAAACUCGCCUCUUAAAGCCAUAGAUUUUGGUUUAUCAGACUUUGUGAAGCCUGAUGAAAGGCUUAAUGAUAUUGUUGGGAGUGCGUAUUAUGUUGCUCCUGAAGUUCUACAUAGAUCAUAUAGUACCGAAGCAGAUGUAUGGAGUAUUGGUGUUAUAGCUUAUAUUCUUUUGUGUGGAAGUCGCCCUUUUUGGGCUCGAUCUGAAUCGGGAAUCUUUAGAGCUGUUUUAAAAGCGGACCCCAGUUUUGAUGAAGCUCCUUGGCCUACUUUAUCAUCUGAGGCCAAAGAUUUUGUCAAAAGAUUGUUGAAUAAAGAUCCUAGAAAAAGAAUGACAGCUGCCCAAGGCCUCAGUCAUCCAUGGAUUAGAAAUACUACUAAUGAAGUGAAAGUGCCUCUUGACAUCUCCAUAUUGAGACUCAUGAAGGCUUAUAUGCGUUCUUCUGCCCUUCGUAAAGCUGCUUUACGGGCUUUAUCAAAGACAUUGACUGUAGAUGAGUUGUUUUAUUUAAAGGAGCAAUUUUCUUUGUUGGAACCAAGCAAAAACGGAUCCAUAAGCAUGGAAAAUAUCAAAGCAGCGUUGAUGAAACAUGCUACGGAUGCCAUGAAGGAGUCACGUGUCCAUGAUUUCCUAGCAUCGCUUAGUGCGCUUCAAUAUCGAAGGAUGGAUUUUGAAGAGUUUUGUGCAGCUGCAAUAAACAUCUAUCAACUUGAGGCUCUUGAAAGAUGGGAACAACAUGCUCGUUGUGCCUAUGAACUCUUUGAAAAAGAUGGAAAUCGAGCCAUCAUGAUUGAAGAACUCGCCUCUGAACUUGGGUUGAGCCCGUCGGUUCCGGUUCACGCGGUGCUCCAUGACUGGAUCAGACACACGGAUGGGAAGUUGAGUUUUCUUGGAUUUGUGAAGUUGUUGCAUGGUGUCUCGAGUCGGACCCUUGCAAAUAAACCUCAAUAACACUUGGUGAAAUUUGUGUAUGGAUUUGGAGUUGAAUGUGAGAAAAACCGAAAAACGUCCCUUUUAUACAUGAAUUUUCUGACUAGAAAAAACAAGAACAUGUAUGCAAGUGGCAUUGUAUUUGUAUGUAUCAACGGAUGCUUCGUGUUCUAAUCAACUAAUUUCUACCUCCCAUUUCCGAUAUUGUAUUGAUUAUAUUUAAAUGAAUAUAUAAAGAUGUG